UCUGUCUGUUAUUUAGACAUGGCGGCUUCGGCGGAGGAGGCAGAGAUCCAGGUGGCAAGGCAGAGGAGGGACGGCCGGGCCCAGGGGCCCGGCCGGGGCUCCACCUUGUGCUGACUGACAGCGUGGCCGGGAUUAGGUCCAGGACCGGAAUCGGCCCUGGGUCUGUGCCGGCCUGACCGGCCAUGGGGGAUCCCGGUGGCGGCAGCGGCGGCGGCGGCGGCGGUAGCGGCCGGGCCUGGUGCCUGCGGCGAGUGGGAAUGAGCGCUGAGUGGCUGCUGCUGGAGGAUCGCAGCGAGAUUACAAUUGGUCGAGGAUUUGACGUCACAUACCAGCUGCUUUCGAAAAUUUGUCCAUUGAUGAUUUCUCGAAACCACUGUGUUUUCAAGCAGAAUGCUGAGGGCCAAUGGACAAUGAUGGACAACAAGAGUCUGAAUGGUGUUUGGCUGAACAAAGAACGCCUGGAACCUUUAAAGGCUUAUCCUAUUCGGGAGGGAGACCAAAUCCAGCUUGGAGUUCCACUAGAAAAUAAGGAGAAUGCAGAAUAUGAAUAUGAAGUAGUAGAAGAAGACUGGGACAAGAUCCACUUAUGUCUUGCCUUGAGGAACAAUAGGGCAGUAGUUAAGUGCUCAAGAACCAAAAGGAAAUGUAGUUUGGAGGAGUUGGAUAGCCCUGGAGCAGAGGGCUCUUCAAACUCCAGAACCAAAGUAAAUAAAGUGUCCCAUUACUAUGAGCAGUCAGGAAAGUCCUGUGGAAAAGCUGAAAUGUCCAAACAGACCCCUAAAAACAUGGACCAAAAAUUGGCUUCUCCUGGACCAAGUAGGGAGAGAGCAGCAGAGGAUGACCUUCAAAUUGUUUCAGAAAAAGCAACAGUGCUGCAGAGCACGGAGCACAAAGACCCCAGCUUGUCACAAUCUCAGAGCAGCUUGGACAUACUUAAGAAGACAAUGGCCAAGAUCCUCAAGCUGAAGGUGAAGGUUCAGGAGAAGCAAGUAGCUGUUCUGAGUGUGAAGCAGCACAGCCACAAGGGGACCCAGAAAGAAAUUGUGAAGAUGGAAGAGGAGCUUCAGGAGUUACAGGAUCAGCUGUUUACGGAGCAGGUCCAGCAACAGCAGAGAGUGGAGCAGCUAGAGAAAAAUUUUCAGGAGAAGGAGCAGCAUUUAGAGGGUUUGGAGAAACAGCAUGGGGAAAAGAACCUGAAGGAGCAGCUGGCACAAGCCCUGCAGGAGCAUCACAUUCUAAUGGAAGAGUUAAAUCGGAGCAAAAAGGACUUUGAAGCAAUCAUUCAAGCCAAGAAUAAAGAGCUGGAACAGACCAAGGAAGAGAAAGAGAAAGUGAGAGCACAGAAGGAAGAGGUUCUAAACCAAAUGAAUGAUGUGCUAGAAAAUGAACUUCAAUGCAUCAUUUGCUCUGAACACUUCAUUGAGGCUGUCACCUUGAACUGUGCUCACAGUUUUUGCUCCUACUGUAUCAAUGAAUGGAUGAAGCGAAAAGUGGAAUGUCCCAUCUGUCGACAGGAUAUUGAAUCUAAAACUCGCUCCCUAGUGCUAGACAACUGCAUCAACAAGAUGGUUGAGAAACUAAGCUCUGAAAUGAAAGAGCGACGAGAAAUUCUCAUUAAUGAAAGGAAAGCUUCUACAGAAGGCUUGAAAUUCCGGAGGACAAAAGGAUUACAACAUAGAAUCACCAACCCAGCAAAAGUGAGUAUUAUCCUUUGGGGGGAUAAAUGGACAUUCACUGAAAUAGAGCACUUUCACGCAUUCCUGAUGAAAAGACCAGAUCUGAUGGAAAACUUAGUGUUCAAAUACAAGAUGCAAAAGAAUCAUAAAAAGGCAAACAGAAAAGAGAAAUCAGGGAUUCCAUGAGGUUAAACGGUUUAUAUUCCUACAUAGAAAAAAUGAUAUUUGUAUCUUCUAAAAUCUUUCUGAUCAUUUAGGAGGAGUAUACAUAGAAAGCAUAGGUGUGAAUUUAAUAUGAUAAUGUGAUUAUCUAAAAAAAUAAAUAAAGAGAAGGAAAAUAAAGGAAAGAGGGGAAAGAAAGGUAGAAUGGGAUAAAUUAUCUGAUAUAAAAAUGGCUCAAGUUAUAAUGGAGGGGAAAAUGGGGGAAGCAGGGAGAGGAACACAUGAAAUUUUACUCAUUAAAAUUGGCUCAAAGAAGGAAUAAUAUGCACUAGAAAUAGAAAUCUAGUUUACUAUACAGGAAAGUAAUAAGGGAAAAUGGGUAUCCAUCAACUUCUAGUUUCUUAAAGGCCUCAUUUCUAAAAUAUAUAGAGAAUUGACUCAAAUUUGUAAGAAUUCAAGCCAUUCUCCAAUUGAAAAAUGGUCAAAGAAUAUGAAUAGACAAUUUUAAGAUAAAGAAAUUGGAACCAUUUCUAGUCAUAUGAAAAGGUGUUCUAAAUCAUUAUUGAGCAGAGAAAUGUGAGGUACCAUUACACACCUCUCAUAUUGGCUAAGAUGACAGCAAAAAAUAUGAUAAAUGUUAGAGGAGAUGUGAGAAAACUGGGACUCUAAUACCUUGUUGGUGGAGUUGUGAACUGAUCCAAACAUUCUGGAGAGCAAUUUGGAAUUGUGCCCAAAGGGCUAUCAAACUGUGCAUACCCUUUGAUCCAGCAGUUUCUACUGGGCUUAUAUCCCAAAGAGAUCUUAAAGGAGGAAAAGGGACCCACAUGUGUAAAAAUGUUUGUGGCAGAAACUGAAAAUUGAGUGGAUUCCACCCACCGGUUGGAGAAUGGCUGAAUAAGUUAUGGUAUAUGAAUGCUAUGGAAUACUAUUGUUUUGUAAGAAAUGACCAGCAGGAUGAUUUCAGAGAGGCCUGGAGAGACAUAUGAACUGAUGCUAAGUGAAGUAAGUGGAACCAAGAGAACAUUGUACAUGGCAAUAGCAAGAUUAUGUGAUGAUCAGUUCUGAUGGAUGUGGCUCUUCUCAACAAUGAAUGAUUCAGAUCAGUUCCAAUGAAUUUGUGGUGAAGAAAGUCAUCUGCACUCAGAGAGAGGACUGUGGGAACUGAGUAUAGAUCACAACAUAACAUUUUUACUCCUUUUGUUGUUUUUUGUUGAAUUUUAUUUUCUCAUUUUUUCCCUUUUUGAUCUGAUUUUUCUUGUGCAGCAAGAUAAUUGUAUAAAUAUGUAUGCAUAUAUUGGAUUUUAAAACAUGUUUUUACUAUGUUUAACAUAUAUUGGAUUAUUUGCCAUCUGGGAGAAGGAAGGGGGGUAUUGGAACACAAGGUUUUGCAAGAGUCGAUGUUGAAAAAUUGUCCAUGAAUAUAUUUUGAAAAUAAAAAGCUUUGAUUUAACACAAAAAAAAAAAAAAAAAAAAAAAGAA